CCUCCUUGCUGCCGUUCAUCCAUCUCGCUCUCCUCGUCUUCUUCUUCUUCUUCUCUUUCCCCAGGUCCACUCUUCAAGCUUCAACCUUGUGCCUGUUCUCCUUGUCGAUUGUCGCCAGUUGUGCUUCAAUCUGUCUCUCGCUACUUGACCACUGUCGUUGACCACUCUCGUUAUUCCUACUACCCCUUCUGAUACCCCUGGACCCUCUCUCUCGCUCGACAGUCCAGAUCGACCUGACUAUUCAUUCAAUACACCGUGUUUCGACACUGCACGUAGCCUCCUAGUCUCGUUGUCGAGCCAUACACUCAUCGACAGUCGACUGCGCCAUCUUCUACAUCCCCGAUUGUCCUCCAUAAUACCUCUUCACAGCCAUGGUACGCUUCAUCGUAGCCACGGCUCUCGCAGCCUUGUCGUCUGUCGCCCUCACUCAAUCCAUUCCAUCUUGUGGCCCAAACCAACCGUGUCCGGCUGAGACACCUUGCUGUUCCGCUUACGGACAAUGUGGUGUGGGCGCGUACUGCUUGGGAGGAUGCGAUUCAAAACACUCCCACAAGCUCGAUUCUUGCGUCCCUGCCCCUACCUGCCAGAACAAGAACUACAAGUUCGACACCCUCGAUAGCGUUAUGGCCAUCGAUGAAUACCUCGGUGACAGCACAAAGGCGGACUGGGUCGCUAGCGGCAAGCCUGCCAUCUACAACAAAGGACUUCUCAUGACCAUGGCCCAAGACACCGUCGGUACCCUACUCGCGACCACCCAUUACGUCUGGUACGGCAAGAUCUCUGCAAAGAUGACGACUUCCCAGGGACGCGGUGUCGUAACUGCUUUCAUCAUGAUGUCGGACGUCAAGGAUGAAAUUGAUUUUGAGUUUAUCGGUGUCGAUCUUGGCAAGGCUCAAUCCAACUACUACCACCAGGGUGUGACCGUUUAUACCAACUCUGCAAACUUGACUGUCUCCAACGGAAACACCGUUGAGCAGGAGCACGAGUACACUAUCGACUGGACUCCAGACCAAAUCACCUGGUCCAUCGACGGAGCUGAGAUGCGCACAGUCAAGAAGGCCGAUACGUGGAAUGCUACUGCCAACAGCUUUUACUACCCGCAAACACCGGCCCGUGUCAUGUUGUCGCUCUGGCCUGCUGGUCUCCCUACCAAUGAGGAAGGUACCAUUAACUGGGCUGGUGGUGUUAUCGACUGGAACUCCAACGCCAUGCAGAACGGAUACUACUACGCUCGCGUCUCCGAGGUCAAUGUGGAAUGCUACGACCCCCCGUCCGGUGCCAACGUCCAGGGCGACAAGUCUUACACUUACACCGACGUUGCUGCAACCAACGACACCGUCAAGAUCGGCAAUGACCUCGUGACCCUUGCCUCCUUCUACGCUACCGGCGAGAACCCCAAGGAGGAUCCUCACGCGUCUGCAUCUGGCUCCGCUGCAUCACCAUCUAUGACCUCGGCGCCCGAGACCGUCCCGGGUAUGUCUGGUGGUGGCAACCGCGGCGACGAGUCUGGUGCUGGAGGUGCUGACGCCGGCGCUGACCCUCAAGCAUCCGGUGCUGCUGGUGGCGAUGGCUCUGCUCCAGCCAGCGGCGGAGGCAACGGCGGCUUCACCCAGGGUGGCAACACGGGCGUGAACACAGCUGCCAAGGUAGGCGGCAGCACACUCGCUGUGCUGGUCGCCUUUAUGGCCCUGCUGUUCCUGUAGUUAUCUUUUUUUGUUCGCGCGGAUAUAUACUUGACCAUUGCUUCCCUUUUACAUCAUGAGCGGUUUCACACCGGGAGAUUUAUCACUUUUUUUUCUCGCUUUUAUGGAUGGCUCCAUUUUCAUCAUCUGGCCCGGACCUCAUCGAAGGAGUUAUUAUUUUUUGCUUUGCCGGCGGAGCAAGUGGUAUAUGCUUGUAUUCAAAUGAGUAAUGUCUGUCCGUAGCCUUUUGGGAAGGGGAAGAAAGGGGGGGGGGACGAGAUCUAGGAAUAGCAUAAACAUUAUUAUCAAGGCUUGCUAGAGCUGUAGUAUUUAACAAAUAUGCAUUUGAGAUUCUGGGCAAAGAGAGUGAACUUGCCCUACCUGCUAAGAAGUCGAGUAGAAAAGUAGAGUAGGAGGAAGUAGUGACAUUUCUUUGUGUAUUGCUGCUAUCUACGCAUACAUAACAUACCAUGGUACCAAAGAAAAUUG